GUGAAGGGGUUUCUCACGGCUAGAAAGCUCAAAGGGGUGGAUGUUUUGUACGAUCCAGUGGGAGGGAAGCUCACGAAAGACUCGUUGAAGUUACUUAACUGGGGAGAGCAGAUCCUAAUCAUAGGGUUCGCAAGUGGGGAAGUGCCGGCCCAGCAAAUAUCGCUCUUGUUAAGAACUGGACAGUUCAUGAACUGUACUGGGGGAGCCAUAGGAUACAUCGACCGCGUGUUCUCGAAGAUUCACUCAAGGAACUGCUGUCUUGGCUGGCUGAUGGCUUACUGACUGUGAAAAUAUCCCAUACUUAUAGCCUUCUUCAGGCAAAUCUUGCUUUUGCUGCCCUCAAGAAUAGAGAAGCAAUUGGAAAGGUUUUGAUUGUGUUUGAUGAGGCCACCCCUAAGCUAUGAUGCCCCGUAAAUGGACAAUGUUCGACCACGGAGGUCCGGUGUGUGGUAAUAUUCGAAACGUAGCGUUGGCUGCUGCUUGUCGAGGGAUAAAAGUAGACAUUACAGUUUGGGAUAUAGAUGCAGAGGCUUACGCUCAUCUGUUGAAUGUUCUGGCUCCAGAACACAGUAAUUCUUCUACACUGAAAGUUAAAGAUCCUCUGGAAAGAGCGAAGUUGGUUCUUGAGCAUGCUGAUAAGAUGGGUUGCAAAAGAUACUUAACAGCUAAAGAUAUGGUGGAAGGUUCUCCAAAUCUCAAUCUUGCAUUUGUGGCAAACAUCUUCCAGCAUAGGAAUGGACUCUCAACCCAAACAAAACAGAUAUCUUUUCUUGAAACUCUACCUGAUGAUGCACAAACCUCCAGAGAAGAGAGAGUAUUUCGUUUUUGGCUUAAUAGUCUGGGAAAUUCUCCAUACAUUGAUAAUGUCUUUGAAGAUCUCAGAAAUGGAUGGUUACUCUUAGUCCUUAGAGACACUUGACCAAUCUGUUUAUUAGCUGCAUAUAGAAGAACACUAUGAUAAGGAUUUCAUAUUUUACAGUAGUCAAGUACAGGGCAAGCUGGUCAGGAAAAUUUUGUUCGGGUAGGGGUAUUCAUACUCUGACAAUAGUCUAUUGAUAAACAAGAAUGGAAGAAGCUGAUUGAGAUUAUUUAUUUUGUUCAUAAUGCAUUACCUAUCCCUGUCAGUAACUGAAAAUGAGAAUAAAAGAAAACAGAAAUAAGAACACCAAUUCAUCCGUUUUGUUCACAUACCUGACCUAAUUUAAUACUCCUUCCGUCCCCAAAGAGUAUGCACUUUGGGUUCGGCACAGGUUUUAAUGCAUUAUUGGUAAAGUAAGAGAGAGAUCGAUAGAGAAAGUUUUUUAAGUAUUUGGAGAAUGAGUCUCAUCUCAUUAGAGAGAAAAGAGUUUCAAAAUUUGAAAGUGCAUACUCUUUGGGGACGGAUGAAAAAGGAAAUAGUGCAUAUUCUUUUGGGGACGGAGGGAGUAUAUGUUUCCCUCGAACGUUCGAAUAAUUUCCUCAAAUAAAGAGGUGACAAUAAGACAAGCUGCAAAUCAGCUGCUAAUCCGCUGGAUGACCAGAGAACAGAGAAGUGGUAAUAGUUGUCUUGGCUGUAUCUUUUGCUUUGUGAUAUUAUUUUGGUUUGCUGAUUACUUAACUAUCUGUUUAUUCUUUUUCAGCUUUCCAGGUCCUCUGGUAAGCUACAAUUGUUUAUCAUUAUUAUUCAUUGCUUAGGCCUACUGUUUUAUGGAGUAGUUUAGAUCCUACAAUAUGACUUAGUAUAUUAACAUUUCUCUACCUUUUUUAGGCAUUUCAGGUGGCCAAGGUGUUAUGAAUUGAGUAACUCAGGAAGGGAAGGAUCUUUACCAUAUUUUGGAACCUGAAUUUCUCCCUUUUACACCUUGUACAAACCCUGCUAACAAAAAUUUCAAAAGUUGGAGGCAACCAGUUCCAGAAGUACAUCUGUGUCGGUAUGUGUUCCUUCUCUGGAGAAGUUUGCUGCUCCUCUGUUGCUUCAGCGGGUCUGACAGGUGUAUCAGACUAUAACCAGUAAUAACCUAUUCCAUUUUUUGGUUUCCCAAUGGUGGAGAAGAUCUCUGCUGAAGCAGUCAAAAAUCAUUUUUUAUCAAUGAAAGUGAAUCACGGGAUGGGUGCAAUCUUCUUUGGUAGCAAGAGUGUCGAGUCAGAAGGAUUACAAGAUCACCUCCCCACUCUCGCUGAAUCCCUUAGCAAGUCAAGGGUCAUGAUAUACCCUCCUGGGAAGGGAACACCGGAAAUCACUUUCAGAUUCAGUGGAAUUAGUUGAAAAGGAACACAAGCAGUCUGCUAGCACGCAAGUCAAUAAUUGAAAAGCGCAAAGAAGAACAAGAGCGACAGCUGCUAGAGAUGGUAUGCCAUUGACUUAUUGAGAUGGCUUUGUGUGAGUGAGUGAGUGAGUUGUUUAAUUUCUAAUUCGUCCCAUUCACUUUUAUAUUCUUAGGAACGAGAGGAGGAAAUUAGGGCACCCGCAACGCGGGCCGCGGGCAUUCCGCGUUUCGUUCCUUCGGAACGAUACCGUAGCGGAACGCGUUGCGGCGCUGCGUUUCGUGCGUGACACCCACUCGCCGCCACGCGCUUCGGCGACGUGGCUCGCCCUGCGUCGUGCGUGACACCCACUCGCCGGCCCGCGAGUGGGCGUCGUCACGCUGACGCAAUAAAUUCAUUUUUUUUAAAAA